UAAUGUGAAAAUGUAUAAUAUAUAAAUAUAUUUAUUUAUUGUAUUACUGCCGAAUAUUUUAACAUUUUUUCACUGUGUUCAAUUCACUUCUUCAGGGAGUAGGGAAAGUGACAAGUGAUCCAAACUUGCCCAGUGAUUACUGACAAGAAGAAAUUCAAUCCACCUUGUCCACAUCUUACCUGGAAUUGAAAAUGGCUUCUGGAGAAUUUGGAAUGGUGAUUAAAGUGGAGGUGGAAUCUGCUAGCGAUGAAAACGAUACCAACUCUGAAGAAAAAUGUGAUACGCUUGAAGUUUUCAACUAUAAGAAGGAAUUUGAGCCAGAAUAUGUCAAAAGUGAAGAUAUUAAUAUGGUUUUGAAAUCUGAAGAAUGUCUGGAAGAAGCAAAGGAAGGAUCACAUUGUGAUGUCUGUGGAGAAGGUUUGCCUAGUCCAAAGGAUUUCUAUGACUCUGAUGGUUUGAAGUCUCAUUGUAACUGUCAGGGCCAGAAUGGGUUCAAUGUAACACAAGAUUCUGGAAAUUAUCUUUUAGACGCCAAAGAAGAAACAGUGGUUGCUAAGGAAGAGGAGGUUUUCAACGAGAAUAUAACAUCGUCAUGUGACAAAGAAAUUUCUAAUGAAAGUUUUCAUUUUGUUGAACACGAAAUGUUACAUAAGACUGAAGAGAUUGACGAAAUAUGUAGUUUUGGAUUCUACUUGAAUUCAAUUGGAGAGAAAAAAGAAAUUUGCACAAAAAAUUUGAAUGAAAGAACCAAUAUUGAAAGUUGUCAGUUCACUCAAAGUUGUGGUUCAAAAACUAAUGAAACAAUUCAUACUGGUGAAAAACCGUAUCAUUGUGAAAUCUGCCACAUCUUAUGA